GUUAUGUAGAUCACGGAUGAACGUUCUGAAGGGGAGCGACGAGAGGAGGGUAGGAGAAGCAGAGGCGAGAGAGCGAGGAGCGGCCGAGGCCCUUCCCGCAGAAGCAAGAGGCAGUAGCGGCGGCGGAGGAGUGGGUGGUGGAGGAGCAGGAAGAGGGGGACGCGCAGGCUGGAGGCGGCGGCAGCUGCUGCGGCUGCGAUUCGGUGCUUUGAGCCUGAACCGCGGGUGAACUUGGGCGCCACGUUCCCGGGGACUGGCCCACGAGGAUGGUGAAUGUGAGCUCCUACUGAUCCUACCUCCGCCGCUGCUUCUCUGGAAGCUGCCGAGCGCGAGGGCCCUCUAUCUCCUCCUCUUGCCCGGCUGUGGGUGAACCUGCAGGCUCCUUACCCACCCAGAGGACUUUUUUUUGAAAGGAAACCUGGGAGGGAGGGAGAGGGAGAGAGGGAGAAAACGAAGGGGAGCUCGUCCAUCCAUUGAAGCACAAUUCACUAUGAUCUUACUCACAUUCAGCACUGGAAGACGGUUGGAUUUCGUGCAUCAUUCGGGGGUAUUUUACUUGCAAACCUUGCUUUGGAUUUUAUGUGCUACCGUCUGCGGAACGGAGCAGUAUUUCAAUGUGGAGGUUUGGUUACAGAAGUACGGCUACCUUCCACCCACUGACCCCAGAAUGUCCGUGCUGCGCUCUGCAGAGACCAUGCAGUCUGCUUUAGCUGCCAUGCAGCAGUUCUAUGGCAUUAACAUGACAGGAAAAGUGGACCGGAACACAAUUGACUGGAUGAAGAAGCCUCGAUGUGGUGUACCUGACCAGACAAGAGGUAGCUCCAAAUUUAAUAUUCGUCGAAAGCGAUAUGCAUUAACAGGACAGAAGUGGCAGCACAAACACAUCACUUACAGUAUAAAGAACGUAACUCCAAAAGUUGGAGACCCUGAAACCCGUAAAGCUAUUCGUCGUGCCUUUGAUGUGUGGCAGAAUGUAACUCCUCUGACAUUUGAAGAAGUUCCCUACAGUGAAUUAGAAAAUGGCAAACGCGAUGUGGAUAUAACCAUCAUUUUUGCAUCGGGCUUUCAUGGAGACAGUUCUCCCUUUGAUGGAGAGGGAGGAUUUUUGGCACAUGCUUAUUUCCCUGGACCAGGAAUUGGGGGAGAUACUCAUUUUGACUCAGAUGAGCCAUGGACACUAGGAAAUCCUAAUCAUGACGGAAAUGACUUAUUUCUUGUAGCAGUUCAUGAACUGGGGCAUGCUCUGGGAUUGGAGCAUUCCAAUGACCCUACUGCCAUCAUGGCUCCAUUUUACCAGUACAUGGAAACUGACAACUUCAAACUACCUAAUGAUGAUUUACAGGGCAUCCAGAAGAUAUAUGGUCCACCUGACAAGAUUCCUCCACCAACAAGACCUCUACCAACAGUGCCCCCACACCGCUCUAUUCCUCCGGUUGACCCAAGGAAGAAUGACCGACCCAAACCUCCCCGACCUCCCACUGGCCGACCUUCCUAUCCUGGAGCCAAACCCAACAUCUGCGAUGGGAACUUUAACACUCUAGCUAUUCUUCGCCGUGAGAUGUUUGUUUUCAAGGACCAGUGGUUUUGGCGAGUGAGAAACAACAGGGUGAUGGAUGGCUACCCCAUGCAAAUUACUUACUUCUGGAGAGGCUUGCCUCCUAGUAUCGAUGCUGUUUAUGAAAACAGUGAUGGGAAUUUUGUCUUCUUUAAAGGGAACAAAUAUUGGGUGUUCAAGGACACGACUCUGCAACCUGGUUACCCUCAUGACUUGAUGACUCUUGGAAGCGGAAUUCCCCCCCAUGGUAUUGAUUCAGCCAUUUGGUGGGAGGACGUUGGGAAAACCUAUUUCUUCAAGGGGGACAGGUAUUGGAGAUACAGUGAAGAAAUGAAAACCAUGGAUCCUGGCUAUCCCAAGCCAAUCACAGUCUGGAAAGGUAUCCCUGAAUCUCCUCAAGGAGCCUUUGUGCACAAAGAAAAUGGCUUUACAUAUUUCUACAAAGGAAAGGAGUAUUGGAAAUUCAACAACCAGAUACUCAAGGUAGAACCUGGAUAUCCCAGAUCCAUCCUCAAGGAUUUUAUGGGCUGUGAUGGACCAACAGACAGAGAUAAAGAAGGACACAGCCCACCAGAUGAUGUAGACAUUGUCAUCAAACUGGACAACACAGCCAGCACUGUGAAAGCCAUAGCUAUUGUCAUUCCCUGCAUCUUGGCCUUAUGCCUCCUUGUAUUGGUUUACACUGUGUUCCAGUUCAAGAGGAAAGGAACACCCCGCCACAUACUGUACUGUAAACGCUCUAUGCAAGAGUGGGUGUGAUGUAGGGUUUUUUCCUUUCUUUCUUUCUAGGAGUUUGUGGUAACUUCAGAUUCAAGACAAGAGCUGUUAUGCUGUUUCCUAGCUAGGAGCAGGCUUGUGGCAGCCUGAUUUGGGGCUGACCUUUCAAACCCAGAGGGUUGCUGGUCCUGCACAUAAGUGGAAAUGCACUCGUGGGGAAGCUUCCAUGAUGCACAGUACCUGCCGUUCUUCAGUCCUUUGUCUUUCUUUGUCAUUCAGUUCUAGGCCUUUCCUCUGCACGCUCAACGCCCAGUAAAAUUUCAGGAUUACCUAAAGAAGAGGAAAAAGAAGAAAAGAUUCUUCCUAAAGGUUUCUAAUAUUGUUUCUUUCUGAAGUCUGAGCCCAUUUCUGGGGGAGGGGGGAAACAAAACGGAAAACCCACGAAUUUUUGCUUUACAGCAAGGAAAAGAAAAAGGUUAAACAAAAAACCUAAAAUUGAACUUUCAGGAAAGUGUGAAGACCCAAAACAGCUUUGUCUCCAAAGAAGAUAGCUCUUUGACUGCUAUGGAUAAUCUCCUCCACUUCUUUUUGUCGGGUAGGAGACCGGGAUACACAUGCAGGACUUUAGACUGUUGGGACAGCCAUUUUCCAACAAACAAGGGGCCAAAAUAUCUGCAAUAUAGUAACAGCCUUAAUAAUACAUCCAUUUUUCAUUUUAUACAGCUGUUCUCAGCUAUGUCCUCAAUGUUUCAUCACAUUUAUAUUAACAACUAUAUUCAACUAGGAUCUUUUAAUUGUUUUGAGUGUUUCUAAACCCCUUCCUGCCACCUUAUCCCUACAUCAUUGUGAUAAUCUCCAGAAGUUGUAAUAGGCCAUUGCCCCAGGCCUUCCAUGGGUCUGUCAGGAAUAUUCAUUAUAAUUGGAGCAAGAAUCAGUAUGUCUUUAAAGUGGUUUAAAGUGACAGUUAUUUUAUAAAGAUAUGUGACACUAGUAGUAGAUUGGUAUAACCCUUUGAGAACUAUCAAAUCAGAUUUCAGAGUCUUAGGAUCUGGUAAAUUAUAGGACUGGGCAAUGGUUAAAACAGGCACAGGUUCAAGAAGUUCAGGUUUUUAAAACAGAUAUCCUAUAACCCCAUGUAAUUUUUAAGUGAUUUACAGUACUACACAAGUGCAUUUAUAAUGACUAGAAAUGAUGUUACUUGCCAAAAUUUUCUGGCAAAUAAAAAGGUAUUUUAUUAAAUAUCUUCUAAGAGUGAAAUUUUAUUUCAGCAACUGAUUAUAACAGCCUGUCUUCUUUGUUGUUUUUGCUAGACACAUUUAAUUUCUGUUUUAAAAUCCAUUGCAUGAAAAUUCAGUUUGCUAUGGUACAUGCCUUUAGCAUUGCCAUCUUAAGAAUGAACUAAAAUGAUGACUCUGAGAUUGCAUGAAUAUCCUCCAGUGUAUUAGCUAUUGCAUGUCAACCAUAGUUCUCAAAGGGUUCAUGUGGCUUCUGGCAUUUAGCCAUUCAGUUGAUCACUGACAGAGCCAAGAGACCACCAAAGCAUUUCAUUGUUGAGUGUAAUUUGUCCUAACAGCAGUAUUGUCAUUUUCAUGUGACCUGCAGAGCAGGUUUGUAUCAAUAUUUUUUUCCUAGAGAAAAGUCAGCAACUGACAGACCUCUUUAUUGAUUUUUAGGAGCUGCUUCUUGCAGUGAAAGGCUUUACAGCCACUGAGCUGUGAACUUAUUAGAGAUGGUCAGAAGGAACGCACCCCAUGAGUCAGACAUUGGCUUUGUGUGAAAGCCAGCUUUUGAGGGGAUUAGCUUUUGAAACAAUGAACAGCUUGCCUUGAACUUGAUUAUUAAUCUGUUGACUGUCAUUAACAACUUAAACAUCAUCUUCUGUGAAAAUUUUCCUUGAUGAGUCCUGUUCUAUGUCUUUGCCCUUUGACCUUUAACUUGCAAACUGGCACAAACUGAAGGUAAUCUGGUGUUGCUUCUCCAUUGGAGUGUUAAUUGUUCUCUAAAACCUAGUAAGCAUGAGCUGUUUCCUUAGAGUGGAGAGAGAAUGUUGUUGGUGGAUCCUCAAUUAGACAAUUUUCUCUUUACAUGCACACUUUAAAAAUGCCCUAUAGAAAGAAGUGACUUUUGAUUUUACUUUAAUAUAAUUUCAAGUCUAAAUUCAUCAUUUUAGUACAAAUAUGAAACUAUAGG